CUGGCUUCUAAAAUGCUUAAGUCCGGUGAAGAGGUCCCAAGCACCCUGCCCUGCUUUCUCCACCAGGACCCUCCUCCCCUGGGCCAUAAGUGGCCCAGCCUGCGGCCCCAUCCUGGGCAGCCCGCUGCAUUCACUGGCCCUGGAAGCUGCACGGAAAUUCGGCCUUGCGCUCCAUAGAAGCUGGCAGGUUCAAACCCGGAGCCGGGAGUGUCCCCAAGUGGCCCGAACCAUUACGCUGCUCCCACGAGGGGGAGACUUAUCGUGCAGACAGUUGGGACUUCGAGCAGCCUCUGUGCCUUCGCACGGGAACUCUGCUUGACCCUCCUGUUGUAACACUUUUCACAGCCAUAGUGACUACUGGAGGCUCUGGGUGACACUGGGCAAUGCACAACCCGGCUGCAUGGCGCGUGCAUCCCCUGCAGUCUGGGGAAUGGAAGGUGCAGCCAGCAGCGGCUCGGAGUGGCCAAGGCAGUGGGCCGUGCCCAAGUCUCCUCCCUUUGGCUGGUCGCAGGCCCACAAUUCGAGCAUCUCGGAGGCCAUGGCCGCCCCGCAGCUUUUCCGAGCGUUCGUGUCUGCUCAGUGGGUGGCGGAGGCUCUGAAGUCCCCGCGCGCCUCGCAGUCGCUGAAGUUACUGGACGCAUCCUGGUACCUGCCCAAGCUGGGCCGCAACGCACGACUUGAGUUCGAGGAGCGCCACAUCCCCGGCGCCGCCUUCUUUGACAUCGAUCAUUGCAGCGACCACACGUCGCCGUACGAUCACAUGCUGCCUAGCGCCGCGCACUUCGCAGAGUACGCGGGAAGCCUGGGCGUGGGCGCCACCACGCACGUCGUGAUCUACGAUGGCAGCGACCAGGGCCUCUACUCUGCUCCGCGGGUCUGGUGGAUGUUCCGCGCCUUUGGCCACCGCUCCGUGUCGCUGCUGGACGGCGGCUUCCGCCACUGGCUGAGCCAGAACCUGCCAAUCAGCUCUGGCAAGAGUCACCCAGAGCCCGCGGAGUUCCGCGCACAACUAGAUCCCUCCUUCAUCAAGACUCAUGAGGACAUCCUGGAGAACCUGGAGGCCCGGCGCUUCCAGGUGGUGGACGCCCGCGCAGCUGGCCGGUUCCGGGGCACCGAGCCAGAACCCCGAGAAGGCAUUGAACCUGGCCAUAUCCCCGGCUCAGUAAACAUCCCGUUCACUGAAUUCCUGACCAAGGAGGGACUAGAAAAGAGCCCAGAGGAGAUCCGACGCCUGUUCCAGGAGAAGAAUGUAGACCUGUCCAAGCCCUUGGUAGCCACAUGUGGCUCCGGUGUCACAGCCUGCCAUAUUGCCCUGGGGGCCUUCCUGUGUGGCAAACCUGAUGUGCCUGUCUAUGAUGGCUCCUGGGUAGAGUGGUACAUGCGCGCCAACCCUGAGCAUAUCAUCUCCGAGGGCCAAGGGAAGACCCAGUGAAGUCAGGCAGGACACGAUACAGCUCAGGUGACCAUCCUGGUGCCAGCCUGGUGGCUCCAACUCUGCUUUGCCAAGAGUCCUUCCUCGGACAACUCAGAAGGUGUUUGGGGUGACAUCCAAGAGACCAGGAAUUCCAAUGACUCAUAGGCACCCAGUUGGAAGUAGCAAGGCAGAAGGUAGUAAGAGGGGAGGGAGGGAGGCCAGACAGUAGAACAGCCUGCAGGGUGCUAAGCUGGGCCCCUCCUCAGCUUAUCUCACUGUUGAAAAAUAAAACGCCAAGCACAAAA